GUAUUGAUUUUAAAUUCAUUAAUGAAUUCAUAACAAACCAUAUAAUAGUUAUUAAAGUUUUCAAUCAUUCAAAUGACUAUUGAAAUCAAUUUAAUAUAUUGUUUGUAAUGUCAUCUCAAGCUUUAAACCGACGGAAAAUAGCGACCAAUAAUAAAGAGCCGCAAACAGUCACUAACAGUGAUCGACAACAUGUGGUCAAUGAUAGGACACGCAGUGGUAGUCUUAUUAAACAAAUGAUGUCCAGAAUAGCCUUAACGGUGACUAUACUUGUGGUUGUUUACUAUAUAACCGGAACCGAUGAUCAUAAAGAACUUGUGAUGGCGUCGGCCUCAGAGUCGAUACCGGGUUCACCAAAAGGUCAACAAGUUAUCUGUUCUAAUGAUUAUAAUGAAGAUCGACAAAGAUUCGGGUCGUGUGCUCCCAAAUUGUGCGGUCGCUUCGUAUCAGAUGCAGUGGUCACUGAAUCAGAGGCCAAGCACUUACUAUCGGUGGCUAAAAAAGGACUUUCAUUGGGUGGCUCUUCGGGAAGCGCAUCAAUACUUGACUUGCAUUCGGGCGCCCUCUCAAUGGACACUAAUUUUGUCAACAUAUAUAAAUUAAUGAAAAAGAUGUCCAAAGAGGACAUAUUCACAGAUAAAGACUUUGAAAUAUACCGAACGGUGAAGAAUAAGAUUUUACAGACAAUUGCUAUACAUUUCGGUAUAUCCGGUCAGCACUUGUUUUUAACUGAUCCGACAUUCUUCUCGCGUUUGACCUCCGAAGCGGCCAAAACCAAACACGACGAGUAUUGGCACAAACACAUCGACAAAAACACAUACAAAUCAUUUCAUUUCACGUCUUUAGUAUAUCUGUCUACUUAUGGCCGCGACUUUACCGGCGGUCGCUUUGUUUUUAUUGAUAAGACUAUUCAGAAAAACAUUACAAUUGAGCCUAAAUUAGGCCGACUGUCGGCCUUCACUUCGGGUUCAGAAAACGAACAUUACGUCGAACGGGUGACCAGUGGUACCCGAUUUGCUAUUACUGUAUCGUUUACUUGUGAUCCCAAGUAUGCAAUCAGUGAUCCGAUGAUUGCAACAAAUAAUAUAUAA